AUGGCCAGAGACCGACUCGCCGCUAUGAGGGCCCAGCAGGGCAAUGUGAGCUCGAACUCGUAUCCGACGCAGGCGUCAGGAAACGGGGGCUAUCAAGGCAGGAGAACCAACCCAUACGCACAACAGGACGACCGCGCAUAUGAAAUGUCUGAUGUUAGGGACAGCAGGACACACUUGGCUCCAUCCACGCCAACAGGAGGGGGAGGGGGAGGUGACAUGUCUGCCUUCUACAGCGAGAUCUCUUCCAUCCAAGACACCAUCCGAACGCUCAACGACAAUGUUGCACGAAUUGGCGACCUCCACUCACGGUCGCUAAACAACAUGGACGAUGUUGCCGCCCAACGGAAUGCGGCACAACUUGACGAGCUGGUGGAGGACACGAGCGCACUCGGCGCAACCCUCAAGCGGCGUGUCAAGGCGUUGGAGGCGCAAGGCGGUUCGGGGCGUGAUGGGCAAAUACGGAAGCAGCAGACGGCGUUCGUAAAGUCGAAGUUCGUUGAGGCCAUUCAAAAUUACCAAAAUGUGGAACAACAAUAUCGUACGAAGUAUAAGCAACGGAUGGAGAGACAGUACAAAAUUGUGAAACCCGAUGCAACACCGGAGGAAAUUCGGGCAGUCGUCAAUGAUGAACAGGGUGGUCAGAUUUUCAGCCAAGCGCUCAUGAAUUCUCGAUACACUGAUUCGCGAGCGGCUUAUCGUGAAGUCCAAGAACGGCACGAAGACAUCAAACGUAUCGAGAAGACUCUGGCAGAGCUGGCGCAGUUGUUCAAUGACAUGAGCGUCCUCGUGGAACAACAGGACGAGACGAUUAAUGUCAUUCAGACGCAAGCAGCAGGAGUGGCGAAAGAUACAGAAGCAGGGCUUCAAUACACAGAGAAGGCCGUGACCUCCGCUCGCGCCGCCCGCAAAAAGCGGUGGAUAUGCUUCUUCAUCACUCUGGUUCUCCUCAUUAUCAUCGGUAUCGUUGUUGGUGUUGUCGUUAACAACCAGGUACAAGCCUCGAAGAACAAUAACAAUUAA